ACUCCUCACAACAAAUUUAGUCAUCUCAUAAAUUAGUGAACACAAGAAAAAAAAAAAACAUUUUUGUUUCAGUUACUCAAAAAAGCACUCAAAGAAAAUGAUGAUGAACAAAGUUGUAUUGGGUUCAAUUCUGUUUUUCAUGUUGGUUAGUUCGAUUCUUGUGGUAGAGGCUCGUCCGUUGGGUUUAACGAAGGCCGAAGAGGAGCUCGUGGCUAAGUUCUUCGAUGGUUUGUCACUUGGGGCGAUCAAGGAGUCGGGUCCUAGCUCUGGUGGUGAGGGUCAUCGGUUCGUGGAUCGAAGUGAGACGCUUGGAUAUGGUAAGCACUCCGGUCCCAGCCCGAGCGGACCCGGUCACUAAUUUCGGACCGGACCAGUUAAGGUGGCUGCUUUGGUCUACCUCCAGAAAUUGAUUUCUUGUUUAAUUUAUUUUUUCAGAUUAAUUUUUCUUUUCAUGCUUAGAACUGAGGAAAAUCAAGAAUUGGUAGAGCCUCAUUUGUUCUCUGUACGAAUAUUCUUUUGUUAAUUAUUGAAAUUUAUUUGAUAAUAUUGUACAAUGUAAUAUAUUGUAAUUAAUUUAUUAUAUAUUCUGAUUAUAUGAAUAAAUUACUGGAUAUUUCUGUU